GCGGGCAGUUGGUGCGGGCGGUGGGGGCCGAGGCAGGAUGAGCGGCUCGCUACGCGCCGGCCUGCGCCUGGCCGGGGGCGGCUGGGCAGCGCGGGGCUGGGCCGGGCGGCGGCUGCUGAGCCAGGCGGCGGCCGAGGGCGGCGGGGCCGAGGGGGGCGGCUCGGGGUCGGGCACGGGGUCGCGGGAGGCGGUGGAGCGGCUGGUGCGGGCGCACCCGGUGGUGGUGUUCAUGAAGGGCAGCCCGGAGCAGCCCCUCUGCGGCUUCAGCAACGCCGUGGUGCAGAUCCUGCGGCUGCACGGCGUCGAGGACUACCGCGCACACGACGUGCUGCAGGACCCCGACCUCCGCCAAGGAAUAAAAAACUACUCAAACUGGCCCACCAUCCCACAAGUGUACCUCAAUGGUGAAUUCGUUGGUGGCUGUGAUAUACUCCUCCAGAUGCAUCAGAAUGGAGAUCUUGUAGAAGAGCUGAAGAAGUUAGGAAUCCGCUCAGCACUUCUGGAUGCAGAAAAAGACCAAGACAAAAAGUAAAACAAGCAAAAAAAAGAUGCUGUGAUAGGAAUAAGGAAAAACUUCAAUAAGAACUUGUUACCAGUAAAGCCUUAUGUACUUCAGCUCAAAGAAGGCAUCUUCUUUGGCAUUUUUUCACUAAGGCAUCUUUUCACUAAGAUUUAUCAGUGGCUGUCUCUUAGCUCAUGGUAAAUGUAGUGAUCUCAGUAUUUUGGUUUAUGGAUAUUGUUGUGAAAAUGAGUAUAACCACUGCACUGUAAAGCAUACAUUUGUGGAAAUCAUGUUUAAAAACAAGUACACUUCUGAAAACAUUCUUUUGAUUGAGGGCAGGAGUAAACCAAAAGAAUUAAUAAUUUUAUUUUUAUGAAUUCUGAGUUUGUUUCUUUGUUCUUUGUUACAUGAAUCUAUGCAAACAGUGUUUGCAUUUCCUUGUUCCUUUUAAAAAAAAGUGCAAAGUAGUAUUGCAUCUUCUUUUGUAUAACUCCUGAUAAGACUUCCUGAGAGCUUGUAAAAUUUCUCAUAUGAUAUAGGAGAAAACAGUCUUCAAAUAAUAUAGAAGAAAAGAUGAUAUGAGAGUGCAUGAAAUAUACUUUUAUUCUAAAGGGUAAAAAUAAACACACUAGUAUGAAUACAUGUAUAAUGGUCAUUAUUACUUUGUAACUUUGUUAGCUUUUAAAGGGUUGCUAAGAAUUGUGCCUAAAGAUUUUAUAAAAAACAUUUUCUACCUCUUGUGAAAUGGCUUUCCCCCCUGGUUAUGUGUGUUGGAGUUCUUCUGUGUCAUAGCAAAAAUGUGGGAUUUUUUUUAAGACUUCAGUAUUCUAGCUUACAUCAUUACAGCAGAAUACUUUAGUAACUACUGCAGUAUUUGGUAGCUACUAAGUUAUCUUUUUAGAUUUGCUGUAAUUCCAAGUGUUCCCUCUGGAGUGCUGUUCUUCAGGGAAUAUGGUCUUCAAACAUAGGAUAAAGAGGCAAAAUGUUUCAUGGAGAUCAGAUAAAAAGUGCAGCAGAAAGGCUACUGAAUAGAUAAGUAUUUGUUGGAAGCUCUCUGAAGUCUUUAUAUAACUGUAUAACCCUGUAGUAAAAAAAAAAAGUAAAAAAGUAAAAAAUUGUCAUAAGUAAAAAUAAAUUGUUUUAAACAGUGUAGCUUCAUCUGUAAAAAAGUAAAAAAUUGUCAUAAGUAAAAAUAAAUUGUUUUAAACAGUGUAGCUUCAUCUGUAUAGCAAUACUGCUAAGGUUAAAAGCUAACAAAGCUUUAAAAUAAUAAAAUGCAAAAUAAAAUUUACUUUAAAAUAGCAAAAUGCAAUUUACUUUUCUUAAUACAGAGCACUAAAUGGUUUGCAUGUGAAUUAGGCAAGUGAUUGGAAAAACUAUUAUGUAGAGUGUCUCCAAUAAUUCUUUUUUAUUUUAAGCGACUAGUGAAGCUGGUACUGCUUUUGAUGUGAAACCUAAAAUGCAAGUAAGGAAAAACUAUCAGUGGAGGAGGUUCAGACUGGAACUGGUAGAUGAGAUUUAAUGCAAGUUCCAGUUUUCUCUCUUGUUCACUUGAGCAAGCAGUCUAGUAGGCAAGCUAUACUUGUACAGCCUUCACAGAAAUUUUGAAAUGUGCUGGUUGCAGUAAAUGCUGUGUAUAGUGCAGUCACUGUCUCCUGGAUUAAAUGCAGCGUGUAUGUUCUCUGUAUUCUCUUGUUUAUGAAAAAGCUGCUCAGCUCCAGUACCAGUAGAACUGACUUGAGAAUGAACUCUGAUCAUGAAUAACCUAUGCUCAGAGGCAGUCAUUUGUGAUUGUUAGUUAUGUAUAUGAGUGCAACAGUUUUUUUGUUCAUACACAGUAUCACAUUCAUGAAAUGCAUAUCUCAAAUUCAGCUUUGUCUCUUGGAAAUCUGGUUAAAUGAGCUUUCUUACAGCUAAUCUUUCAUGGUUUUUUUGGCCAUUCUGAAUGUAAAAUAAGGUUUGGAAAAAUAAAUGAAUUUCAAAAGCUUCUGUUUUUUCAUGUCAAAAGACCAAAUGAAAUGGACAUACACUGUAGACAAAGAAUAAGGUAACUUGAAGAAAAGCCACUUAUUUUCUACUUCAAUGUUUAAUUAUUAGUCUGGCUAGUAAAUCUAUUAAAAAAAAAAAAGGACCCCCCC